AAGAAACAAAUUUAAAAAAAUAGCAGAAAAAUAACGACAACUGGUUUUGAAAAUUACACACACAGCACUUGACAAACAUUUGGCCGAUGUUUUUGUUAUUUCAUUUUCUUUCUUCAACUGUCUUGUACUUUAACCCAAAUUCAAACCAAAUAAGAAACACUUGCGCCAGCCAAGCGCCGCAGUAAGCAGACAUGAGCCGGCAACUGAGGUUCAGCUUCCAAGCGCCGCCGGCCGAGGCAUGCCACUCGGAUCUGGUGGAGAUCAAUUUGAAUGGCGGUCGGGCACAGGCCAAACAGCAGUCGGCGCAGGCGCUGGACGAGCUGUUGCAGGCCAGGACUACGGCCACGUUGCCCACGCACCGUGGCUAUCCCUAUGGCUACGGCGACACGGAUGAUGAAGCCGACUUUUAUUUCUGCAAAAAAUCGAACUCGACCGGCCAGCUGGCCGAGAAGGUAUCGCCGCCGCCGCCCUCCGCCACCAACAUCAGCUGCCUGCGGCAAAUGUACUGUCCCGAGUGCCACGAGCGUCUGCAUGAGCAGGGCGUGCGCCUGGAGCGCCUGAUCACCCUGUGCUGUUUCGCCCUGCUGCCCAUCUAUCCCUGCUGCAUGCGACGCUCAAAGGACGAGUGCAAGGUUAUUUGCGGCAAGUGCGGCUACUUGCUGGGCGCCUGGAAGCGCUAGCGAAGCGCUCUUGUGGUUUUUUGAAUUCAUUUUUGUUUAGUUAUACAUUUUACGCUAUUGUUUUUGUUAGUUUUUAAGCACCAAUUGACCCUGCAAUGC